AUGACUUUGAUACUGAGCCUCAAACUGUGUGUGUUUCAGGAUAAAGUGCCACACUUUGCAUUACUGGGUUCUGGAGGAGGACAAAGAGCCAUGGUGGGUUUGCUGGGAUCCCUGGUUCAGCUUGAUAAAGCGGGUCUUCUGGACUGCAUCCUUUAUCUGAGCGGAGUCUCUGGAUCCACCUGGUGCAUGGCCUCCUUAUACCAAGAACCAGACUGGUCCACCAAACUAGAGACCAUGAAGAACAAAAUCAUCAAGAGACUCAGCGGCCCCAAAGUCAGCUGGGGAGACGCAUUUGCCAAACUGAAGAAAUAUUACUAUGAGAAAGAUAUCUUCAGCUUGACAGAUGUCUGGGCAGUGUUGGUCGUCACAGAAUAUGUGAAAGAGAUUGACGAAAACACACUCACAGAGAAGCAGAACCAGCACAGUGAAGACCCGUUUCCCAUCUACACAGUGAUUGACAAGCAAUACAAACAGAGCAAGGACGAGAAAGACUCCUGGUUUGAGAUCAGUCCACAUGAAGCAGGUUAUUCUCUCACUGGAGCAUUUGUGGGAACAUCCAGCUUCGGCAGCCAGUUUGACAAAGGCUCAAAGAAAAAACCUCAGCCUGAAACAGACAUGCUGUACCUGCAAGCUCUGUGCGGCAGCGCUUUAGCGGAUGGAGAAGAGAUUAAGAAAUUCCUCUGGCAAAAAAUAAAAGAUUUCUUUAAACAUUUAUUUCCUAUAAUGCAAUCGGAGAUGUUUGAUGAAAUGAGGAAAGCCCCACCUGCAGAAAAGGGUUACCAGGUGCUCAUGGAUCUUGUGGACAUGAAUCUCGCUGUUUUGAAUGGCAAAGAACCUUCUGCUUUUGAGCAAUCCAUCAGAACAACGCUGAACGAUGAAACAGUGCCUCAUACUCUUCUGAAAAGUGAGAAGAGAGACUAUGAAGAUGCCGGACUGUUGCUGAACUCGCCCUACUUCUCAAUGCUGAGAGAAGAAAGAAACAUUGAUCUCAUAAUUUCCCUGGAUUUCAGUGAAGGCGAUCCUUUCAUGACAGUGAGAGAAGCUGCUGAUAUGUGCAAGAAACUAAAGAUCCCUUUCCCUGAAGUCAACAUUCCCAGUGAAGACGUGGAGAAACCAAAGGACUUCUAUGUGUUCAAAGGCAAAAACGCUCCAACCGUGAUUCACAUCCCUCUGUUUAAUGUGGUCAACUGUGGAGAUAAUAUUGAGGCCUGGUGGAACAAUUAUGGGACCUUUCAAGAUUCUUACAGCGCUGAGAUGAUCACUGAUCUUAUGGACGUCGCUGGAAAAAACAUCUCAAACAACAGAGAGAAACUGAAGGAGCAGAUUCAAGCAGUCAUUGAGCAAAAAUUACACAAAUAAUGAGUUGAAUAAUAAGUCCUUAC